UGUUGUAUUACAGCUAACGUGUUACACCAGUAUUGAAUUACAGUGGGAUGUAUAUGUCAAGUCUUGAGCAAGUCUCAAUUAGAAGGCUACGGUGUUUAGGACUGUUUACACAGCUGUGGAUGGAUAAUGAGCGCAGCUCUCAGCGGAUGGUUUAUCAUGCAGCCAAAACUUAUGGCUUUUGUCCUGCUCUCUGCGCUGGUCCUGCAAGGUCACUCAGAAACUGGACCUGUGUGUUUGUCCAGCUGCAGUGGUCCAGUUUACAGAUUUAGCAAUAUCAGCUUCAGAAUCACAAAACCCAGCUUGAGCAACGCAUCACUGUGUGCAUUCUUAAAAAACGUAUCCACCUCUCUCCACACAUCCAAUUCCAUGCUGUAUGAAUCUGCCACAAAUGAGCAGUGCUGCCGUGUGAACCAUACAGUGCACUUCAUCAGAGAAACGUUAACCACUUUAAGUGCAAUGGGAGACAAUAAUAUCAGAGUAGAUAUGAUUUUCCGGAGCAGCACAUCAAACCUCACCUUACUGAGUUUUAACCUCAGUGAUGAUGACUUCAUACUGAUGGACCUGGGCAGCUUUGUUGUGACAAAAUGCAGAUGCAACUCAACCACUGGAACAUCAUCAUACACAAGCACAACAGCAACAAUGAGGAGUUCACCAGAAACACCUUCCUCAAGCAGUGUAACAACAUCAAACACAGGCACAAAAGCUACAGACACAAGAGCUACUGUCCGAGCACUUACCACAAAUUUCCCAGAAACAGGUGGCACCAACACGACAUCAAUAACAAAUUCAACAGCAAGUAACUCAUCAGCAGAACUCAACACUUUGCUGGAAAACAUAGAUAACUUGUUGAAUGGCAGCACCAUUAACAGCACUGUGGCAAAGAGCAUUAUCAACGGCUCCAGUAAAUUAAUUGACAAUCUGGAAAGUACUGAGCCCACUAACAGGCCAGAUACGAAGAUGCUGAACAAGUUGAUAAACAAUAUAGAGCAGUUGCUACAAAAGCUGGAGGUGAAUGAAGAGCCUAUAAUUAUUCCCUUACCAUCUUUGACUCUGGGGGUAAAGAAGGUGAACGGGACUAACUUUCAGAAGACCUCCUUCACAAUGACUGACAGCGGCCUGCAGGUUGAUGGUGGUUCCACUAAUGGAUCCACUCCUCAGGGCUCUAUUGUUCUCCCUGCCUCCAUCCUGAAGAACUUCUCUCCCGAGGAGAAGAAACAAGUUUCCAAGAUACAGUUUUGCUUCUAUCAGAAAACUUCUCUUUUUCAGCACGGCGCACCGAGCAACAACAAGCUGGUCAGUGGAGUUCUGGCCUCCAGUGUGGCUAACCUCAAUAUCUCCAGACUGCAAGAGAACGUGAGCAUUACCCUGAGGAACACCAAGUCUGUUUCAUCGGAUAAAAAUGUGUUCUGUACAUUUUGGAGAUAUGACUUAAACAGUGGCUCUGGUGGCUGGUCCUCUGAUGGCUGCACUGUGUUGAGCAGCACUGAGAAUGAGACUGUGUGCAGUUGUGACCAUCUCACCAACUUUGGUGUGCUCCUGGACUUCUCCAAUCAGUCAAUAACAAGUUACCAACAAGUUAUCAUCCUCAACACCAUAACCUACAUUGGUUGUGGCAUCUCUUCCGUUUUUCUCAUGGUCACCUUGGCUAUGUACCUGCGGUCAGAGAAGCUGAGAAAUGUCGUCCCAAAUAAAAUCCUGAUCCAGCUGUGUUUUGCCCUGCUGCUUCUGAACCUGGUGUUCUUCCUGGACUCGUUGCUGGCUAAGCAGCUUGACAGUGUGGGUCUCUGCAUCCCUACAGUCUUCUUCCUGAGCUACUUUCUGUUGGUCUCUUUCACUUGGGUAGCGCUGGAGUCUGUACACAUAUACCUGACCAUUGUCAAAGUUUUCAACAAUUACGUCGCCCACUUCAUGGUCAAAGUAACGCUGGUUGGAUGGGGUGUUCCUCUGGUUGUGGUCAUCAUUCCUGUAGCUAUUGAUAAAUCAGUCUAUGGAAUUACAAGCACUAUGUUGGACAACGGAUCCGUGGAAUACUUCUGCUGGUGGAAAGACAUGAACGUUUUCCGUAUUGUGGUGGGAACGUAUUUCUCAGUUACCUACCUGAUGAACUUCAGCAUGUUUAUAGUGGUGUUGACACUCAUGUGUCGCAUUAAGAAGAAGACCCCCCAUCUCGCUCGUAAGCGGACCGUGCUGCAUGACAUCUGGAGUGUGACCGCGCUUGCUGUGCUCCUGGGCCUCACCUGGAUCUUUGGUUUGUUUUCCUGGGGUUCUGCUCACUUGGUCUUCACCUACCUGUCCGCCAUCUGUAAUUCACUGCAGGGCUUUUUCAUCUUUGUGUUCCGCUGUGCUGCGAAGGAAGAAAUCAGAAGACAGUGGCGGAAACACUUCAUGCUGGGGGAGCUCCCAGAGAGAGCUCAAAGGGUCUGGAGUAGGGUCACCACCUCAGUCCUAUCCUUCAGAUUCUCUUCAACCACCCAGGAAAGUAAUGUUUCCAGAUCAAAGUUUGACAGCUAUCCAGACAUCGCCUGCUCCGCCACUCAUUCAGAACUAAAAUCAUUAUCCAGCUCUGAGACGGUAACUGGACCAAAAAAAGUCACGGACGGACAGACGUGCGGACGGACAGACGGACGGACGGGCAAAUGGACAGACGAAGCAACAAGCAAAGGAAAGGAUGAACGAACAAUGUUCUUGUGUGGAUAAACAAAUGAAUGGGCGACAGGCAGCUACAGACAGGGGACACGUGUACGGACAGAACGAUCACUCAGGAGCCCACCUCAGACGUAGAUAUGAACAGUGACAAAAAGUGUAUAAAUUAAGACACGUGAUAUCACGGCAGCUCCAAUGUUUUUUAAGUGGGUAAUAUGUUGUCAGUAUACAUGACCUGUAAGUAAGUGACAUACAAAGCAUUUAAAGGUACUCAUUAUGUGCAGUUUCCAGUUUUCCAGUGAAGUGUGUUUAAUUGAGGGCUGGAUCAUGACUUAAGCUGUAGCUACUAGUGGUUCAUUUUGGUGGCACUUCCACAGUCUGUAUGCAGAGUUUAUGUAUUUAUUGAAUGCUAAGUGGUAAAGAGGGGUGGUUGUGGCUGCAGCACUGGUUGUUCCUAGGCUGCUGUGGAGGAAGCUGUUGGCAGAGGGAAGCCAUUAGGCUACGUUUACACAGCAGGUAAAAGUGGCCCAAAUCUGAUCUUUUUCUUCAUAUGUGACACAGAUGUGUGUCAGG